AUGGAAAGAGGAAGUAAUCCGUUUUCACCCGCACCUUCACCCCUUGGAGGAAUUAUAUUUUUUUCUAUUCAGAUAACAAGCCGAAAAGUGUCGGCGAACAGUAAAAUUGAUUUGAUAGAACAAGCUCGGAGCUACUAUCGAGGAAAUCCAAAAAGGCUGAAAUUUGUUGAUGAGUUCGAUCAAUUAUACCGACCAAAUGACUCGCUUCGCUGGUGCUUCCGUGCACCAUUUCCGUCACGCCUUCUUCGAUAUGCGCUUAUAUCACGCAAUGCUGAGCUACUCCAACCCUGCCAUUUUCUCAUCAUCGAUGUGCUGCGUGUCUUACAGCAACAGCCGAGACGUCCUGGCCGCGGUCAACUCUAUCGAGGUAUGAAGGUAUCCAAUGAGCUGAUGAAUAUGUUCGAAACGCACACUGGUGGACUAGUGUGUGCAAGCGGAUUUUUUACUUGUACUAAAUCGAGAACGAUCGGUUUGCAAUCGGCUUCGUCGCCGGGUUAUCGACCUGAUCUCUCAUCUGUUCUAUUUAAAAUCGAUUUUGAUGCGUCAGCUCGAUUUGCCGAGGUCGCUAUGGACAAUGGCUCAACAAUAGUAAUCUUCGAUGUUGCUACGAGUUUUCGAGUAAUGUGCGUCAAUCGGGGUGCCAUGUCUGUCAUCAAGAUGAAAACAGCAUCUGACGAAGGAAAGAGAGUAGCAGUAGAGUAUAAGGAAAAACAUAAAGGACAGGCUGUACAAGCGCUGCUCGAUGAGCUUUCAGCUCCUCCGAAAUCGCCGACACCACAAGGGCCACCACCACCGUCGUCAGGCAAAGUCGAAGUCAGGAACGAAAUGAAUCAGGUCAGCAGUCCGAAAGUAUCCGAGGAUGAGUUGCAAGCACAGAAGCAUCUGAAGCGUGGCGAAAUCGAUCAGGCGAUCAUUGUCUAUCGACGCAUUCGUCCUGUAUCGGCUCGAAUUCUCAACCUCGUUGGUCAAUUAUGUGCAGAAGAGAAACAAGACUACGAUAGUGCAGUGGAAUGUUAUACACAAGCGCUCAAAAUGCAGGAAGAGGCGGGCGAGAAUGUCGCCGACACUCUGUCUCGGCUCGGCAGGGUUCAUUAUCAUCGUGGUGAAUUCGAUUCGGCGUUGAAAUGUCACAGCCGCGCGCUGCUCUUGUACGAAUCCGCUUAUCCACCCAGUGCUGCUUCGAUUGCCACCAGUCUCACCGAUAUUUCAAAUGUUCAUUUGGCUCGAAAAGAACUCCAAGAAGCUCUCGAUUACGCUCAACAAGCAUGGACCUUGCGCGAGUCUCGUGUGUCUGACAACGAGACCGUUGUGGCCACGAGUUUGGUCUUGCUAACAAAUAUUCAUCAUGAACUCCGUGAUGAUGCUCAGGCUUUGAAGUUGGGUACGCGAGCAUUGGUACUCUUCGAGCGUAUUUACCCAUCAAACCCAUCCCAAUCGGCCGGAUUACUGAACACUUUAGGGCUGAUACGAAUGAAUUUAGGUGAACUAUCCGAAGCACGUCAUUGUUUCGAACGAGCACUGAAGAUAUAUACCCAUAUUGCUCCAUUAAGACAAUCGGAAGGAGCAACAGUAGAAAAAAAUCUUCAAUGUGUGAUUGAGAUGCAACAAAACACCGAAAACUUACAACUGUAUUCUUAA